ACCGUGAAAGUAGGAAUCAUCAACGUGACCGGAUAUGCCGGAUGUGAACUGGUGCGUAUAUUGCGCCAUCACCCGGAGGUGGAGAUAGCGUCCGUGACCGGGCGCAGCGCCGCCGGGCAACCAUUGGGUCAAGUGUUUCCUCACCUGGACAACAUGAAACUGGAGAUCACCGCUGACUUGUGCGACGGUCUCGAUCUGGUGUUCUCGGCAUUGCCUCACAAGGCAAGCGCUGAAGCCUGCAUCCCGCUGUUGGAGCAGAACAUAAAGGUAGUGGAUAUAUCGGCGGACUUCAGGCUCAAGCAGGCCGAUGUUUACACCCAGUGGUAUGGAGUCGAACAUCCCGACCCUACGUAUCUUGAGGAAGCCGUUUACGGUCUGACCGAAUUGAACCGGGAUGCCGUUUCCGACGCGCGGCUGGUGGCUAAUCCUGGAUGUUAUCCCACCUCGGCCAUUCUCGCGCUAACGCCGGCGGUGCAGAACGGUUGGAUCGGCGGUGACAUCAUCGUCGAUAGUAAAUCGGGUGUUUCGGGCGCUGGCCGCAGUUUGAGCAUGACCACGCACUUUUCGGAAGUGAACGAAAACGUGAUGGCUUAUUCCGUCAACGGACAUCGCCAUCUACCAGAGAUCAGUCAGGAACUGGACGCGGUGGCGGAUCAGCCCGUUAACCUGACGUUCCUGACCCACCUGAUCCCCAUGACCCGCGGGAUCCUGAGUUCCUGCUACGCUCCGCUUCGUCCCGACAUCGCGCAAUCUGCGGAUGCGUCGGAGCGGGUUCGGCAGAUGUACAAAGAUUUCUACGCUGACAACGCCUUCGUUCAGGUCACCGAUACGCCGCCGCAAACCAAGCAAACCCUGGGCAACAACUACUGUCUGGUUCAUCCGGUGGUCGACUCGCGUACGAACCGGCUCAUCGUAAUCAGCUGUCUGGAUAAUCUGGUGAAAGGGGCGGCCGGUCAGGCGGUGCAAAACAUGAACCUGAUGUGCGGAUUUCCGGAAGCAAUGUCGCUGGAUGCGCUUGCGGUGUAUCCAUAA